CGCUUCGCAAGGAGGGACUGGACAGAAUGCACCGUUGGGUCUUGGCGACAACGAGGUACAAGGUGAUGGGAGCCCGGGUGCACGUCUCAGAUGGCCUAGGCAGCGAAAGGGAAGAAGAUUUCGGGUAGAUCAGAUCGGGACGCCAAACUCGGGAUGAAAGAUUGCCAGCAUCGUAGCGUCAUCAGAGGGCCCACCUGCAGGUCGCCUGGGCGUGGCUGCGGCCCUAACAAGACCGUUGGCACCCCCGAGCGCUCGAUCGGCUGCACCCGAGCGCCGUGAUGAUGCAAAAAGAAACGGUGACAGCCUCGCCAGGCAAGGGCAGAGGUGAUUGGCAGGCUGGGAGAAACACAAUUGACAAGUGUUCCCAGCACGGACUAGCCUGUGACCACGUUCCCCGGCCUGUGCUCUAUCCGGCAGCAAGGUUCAUGGCAUAGCUGCGGUGUGACACAGGAAGGCAUCCCAGCAGCCCAGGCGGAGCAGCAGCAGGGAAACAAGCAGCAGCAUGUCGAUCAAACAGCCUGCAGGGGCGGAGAAGGCCAUGUUAUCACGGGCUCGGUCGAUGUGGUAUGGGAGAUAGCUGGCACCACAGCAAGUGGCCGGGAAACUGUUGACAGAGGCACCCCGUGGUGCUCGGGGACGCGACAAGCCGCGCGGAGGGGCGGGAAACCCGGGAGCGCAGAUACCGGCAGUGGUGCCCACAACAGCCUUGCACUGCAGGAUGUUGCGUCAAGAGCACGUUUAUGCAGGGUCUGCGUAGCAUCAGAUCCGAGACAGCGGCCAUCACGCCGGAGCGCUAAGGAGACGGAUCAAGCUCUGGCGCUUCUUGUCCAUGCAUGGGACAGACGAGCGGAACGCCCAAGGACAGACAAGCCGGACGGGGCCUCCCCCGAUCUGCCCAGCGGGCAAGCACCUUGUUGACAAGGCCGUUGUAGUGCUUGCGGUGAGUGAGCACUGAGGGGAGCAACUGGUCUGGCGGCUUGUGACCCAUGCAUUGAAAGAUGACAGACGGUGCGUGGAAGCGCGCCGUGCGGCUGCAGAAAUAGCUCGGCGUGGAUCGCAUUGCCUUGUGCGGCGUCGCUUGGCCGGCGCGGACCAAAGGCGGCCAGCGGGCACAGGUGUUCGUUCUGUCGUGGGCGUAUAGGCUGGCGGCGGCAUAUCCGGGCAGCUGUCAAGGCCAUGAACCCCUGGGGCACGAAUCGUCAGAUCGUCUGAUGUCAACCCCAUGACGCAUGAAGGCUGUGAUCAGCCGGCAGUGGGCUGCAGGGCCAGCAGGGCUAUGAUGUCAGACGAGGGAGCAAGGGCUUCUCUGGGAUUUGAGUUCAAGCCAAAGCUGCUGGCCAGGAGCGACGGGCCGUGGACCGCCUGGAACAGCUCUGCAUUGACAGAGAUUCGGCUGCCGAGAAGGUUAGGGGUCAAGGUCGGGACAAAGGUCGGGACAGGGCUGCCCAGGACACUGGAUUGCAGUCACCGAACCGGACCGGGCCCGGAAGAAGCGGCUGGGUGGCGCACGGCGGAGGGUUUGGCAGUGCCGAUCAGGCAAACAGCAGGCGAGAGAGAAGGGUUCUCCUCUCGGAUGGAGGCGGGCGGAUGGACGGCAAGGCAGGCAGGUGGCUGGCCGGCCGGCGGAUCGCAGAUUAUGCCACGGUGGACAAGGGACGAGGCCUGUUGACAGGUUGGUAGGGUGGGUAGGUUGGCGGUACGAGACCGAGUAUGCAACACGCACCAAGGGAAGUCCUGGCAACAACAAGAACGAACAUGGCCAAGA